UGGCAAAAUGAAUAAACCCUAGAGGACUGCUGGUCCGGUUGAGUCUAUUCUCUCCUCUCCUCUGUACAACGACAAGAUCACAUCUUUCAGGUUCUUCACUGUGCGCACCACUGAACAGCUCGAGAUUAAUAGCAAUGAACCAUUUGUUCAGAUGGAGAAGGCUUGCCAGACUGACGUUCAUGCUGCUAUAUUUUCUCAUUGAAGUUCUCUGUGCUUCCCAGCAAACAGUCCAGUCUGAGAUUCAGCAGGUGAAAGGCAUCGUGGGACAGUCUUUCUCUUUUCAAGAGAGGGUGAUCAAGUCUGGCAAUUUACUUUAUGAAGAACUUGGCAGUAUUGCAAAUGUGUACCCUGGUAAACGAGGCAAAAUCACCCUUGAGAAGAGAUUUGAAAACCGCCUCCACUUGAACAAUGUUACAAGAUACUUUACUCUGUCAGACCUUCAGAUAGACGAUGCUGGGGUUUAUACUGUGGAGAAUACAGAUGAAGGGAAAAAAACUAAAAUUCAGCUCACUGUAUACAAUGUUGUUUCCAAACCUCAGGUGACAGAGUGUGACAGCAGCUCCUGUAGUGUGGUGUGUUCUGUGGACAAUGAAAAAGAGGUGGCCUUGAUCUUGUACAGGGGAGAGGAAAUACUAAACCAGACCAGCAGUCCUGAUCUCAUCACUGAUCUCUCUCUCCGUUUGGAGGUAGAGGGAAAGGACUACAACUCCACCUACAGCUGUGUGGCUUCCAACCCUGUCAGCAAUGAGACAGUUCUUGUCCCAAAAUGUUGCAGUGAACAUGGUCAUGCUAAUGAUGCAGACAGUGGUGAGAGGACUCGGGGUGUGCUUAUUAUUGCUGUAAUAUGCGUCUUGGUUGCCUCAGGGCUGUUUGGAAUUGCAAACUAUCGAAAGAAGAGUAGAAAUGGACACUCACAAGGCAGAUUCAUCCGAAAGAGUGCAAGUUGACAUUGAUUAUGCAUUGAUAACUCCUAAAAAACGAAGAGAUAAUCAGGAGGAGCGAACAGAUAUACCGGAAUUGGAGUCACACAGAACAGAUAUACCAGAAUUGUAGUCGCAUAGAGACAACCCUACUCUGACAUCAGUUUAUGAUACACUCAUGUUGCAUCGCAUGUCUGCCAGCGAGGAUGUUGACACAGCAUGAAGGAGAAAAACAGGAAGUCAAUGGGAAGCCAAAAUGAUAACUCCUCAUUCUGUAGAGGACAGUAUAUCAUAAAGAGGACGUUGAAACAACAUUAAAGUUAAAAAAUAUUAAUUCCAACAGCCUUUUAGAGGCACAGUUGUUAUGGGAGAAAAAUCCCCUGGAACUGUUGAGCUGAUAUUAUAACUUCAGGCUUCCUUUGUAGGUCAUUCUCACAGACCUUCUGGAACUGUUGUGCUGAUAUAACUUCAGGCUUCCUUUGUAGGUCAUUCUCACAGACCUUCUGUCAAAUAGGGGCCUCGGUUACAUCCACUGAUACUGACCAAUUCAAUAACUAUGCAUUGAGUUGUUAGCAUGAUCAGGAUAAUCCAUCUUUUUAAAUGACUUUUGUCCCAAAUCCCAAUCUAUAGGUUAAAACAAAUGGAACAUAUAUUUUAAUACAAUUCACUGGUGUGUUUGCUAUGUAACUGCUGUGCCAAAGCUUCCUUUCAGUACUGUCUGUUCUGUUGUUUAAAAUGUAGGUGCCUUCCCUGUAUCUUUUUAUAGCUGGUCAUUGUUUAGCUUGCCAGUGGAUAGCAGCUGUGUACAUCAUAUAAAAAGAGCAGGCGUUUGAGAGAAAACCACCUACUCCUUAGAAGCAAAGGCUGUUAGGCUGCUUUAGAAACAGAAGGUCCAUAGAUAAAUGUUUUCCUUUCACCGUGUAUGUUGUAUUGAAAAUAACUUUGAGGGAUAGAUCUUGAUUUAAUUAAAUUGUAGCUCUUAAUUAGCUUGUUUGGUUUAUUAUGACGGACCAUUUAUUGGUUGUCCCUAUCUAUGAAGCACAUCCUCCCUUAACAAUACAAUCACUCCCUCCUGCACACUCUGUAGACUCUGUAGACUCUCCUUCUAUCAGAGCAUGUUGUGCCCCACCUACAUUAGUGCAGCCUUUGUAUAUACCAAAUCUGUCGAUACCAUAGUGAGUUGUUACACUGUAGGCUAUUUCAUUGUUAUUCUACUCUAUUUCAGAGUAGUUACUGAGACUGAAUAUGAAGAUAUGAUUCACUUUUCACUAUUUUAAAAAUCUUUAGACUUAUUCAAACAGAUCAAAAAAUCAACAUGUUGUACUGAGCUUCAAUAUGUCAAAUGUGAAGACUUACCCAUACAUUUCAUUUAUAGUAAUAAAAUGUGUAUAUUUCCUGA